AUGACCCACUCUGACUUUAUGUCCCUCACCUUUGAUGGGAUGCAAUUGAAGUUCUCUUGGAGGUAUGAGUUGAAGAUCCUUCUGACAGGUUCUUCUGACAGGCAUUCCCAGGAAACCCUCACUACACAUUUGGGUCUACUGGACCCCACCAAUGCUGAGCCAGCCAUCUUGGAUGGCUUUGACCGCAGAGAGGUGAUAAUAAAUCGUCGAGUGGAGCUGCCCUGUAAGGCCUCAGGAUACCCGCCGCCCAAAUACCGUUGGCUGAAGGACAACAGCCCACUGGAGCCAGACAGUCGCUUUCGCCAGACCAUUUCAGGGUUGCUGAUAGAAAACGCACAGCCCAGUGACUCAGGGACAUACGUCUGUGAAGUGUGGAACAGUUAUGGCAACGCCGAGGUCAUGGGACGCCUGUAUGUCAGACAGCCAUUGAAGGCGGUGGUCAGCCCUCGAAAGGUCAAGGGCAGCGUGGGCAGCAAGGUGUCUCUGUCCUGUAGUGUGAGUGGUUCAGAUGAGUAUGAGAUCUCCUGGUAUCGCAAUGGAGAGAUCAUCUACCCUGGGAACAACGUUCGCUUCACUGGGCUGAACCGCGAGAACCUGAUCAUUGAAGGAAUGGCAAAAAGUGAUGGAGGAGCUUACCAAUGCUUUGCCAGGAAGGGCAAGAUGUCUGCGCAGGACUUUGUGCAGGUUAUCCUGGAAGAUGGCACUCCCAAAAUUUUGUCCUCCUUCAGUGAGAAAGUGGUGAACCCCAACGAGCCCCUGUUCAUGGUCUGCAACGUCAAAGGAACACCGCCUCCCCGGUGCAGCUGGUCGCUGGACGACGACCCUGUCAUCAAAGACAGCCACCACCACCUGGGUCACUACGAGACCCACGAGGGCCACGUGGUCAGCCAGCUCAAUGUCACACACACCCAGGUGCAGGAUGGCGGGUUGUAUAGGUGCACGUGCAGCAACUCGGCCGGGGUCGUGUACCACCAGGCUCGAAUAAACGUAAGAGGCCACGCCAGCAUCCGACCAAUGAAAAACAUCACAGCAAUCGCUGGACGGGAUGCCUUUGUUCAUUGCCGUGUCAUUGGCUACCCUUACUACUCCAUCAAGUGGUACAAGAACUCCGCUCUGCUGCCGUUCAACCACAGACAGCGGGCCUUUGAGAACAACGGGACACUCAAGCUGAGCAAUGUGCAGCAGGUGGAUGCUGGAGAGUACAACUGCAAGGUGAUGGUGCAGCCCAACAAGAUGGAGAUCCAGAGCGUUCAUGUUCGCGUGAAAGUUCCUCCCUACAUCCAGCCCUUUGAGUUCCAGCGUUUCACCAUUGGUCAGCGGGUCUUCAUCCCCUGUGUGGUCAUGUCAGGUGACAGACCGUUGGACAUUACCUGGCAGAAAGACGGCCGGCCAAUCCCCAUCAGCCUGGGCGUGACUGUCGACAAUAUCGACUUCACCAGCUCUCUGCGAAUCAACAACCUGACGCCUGACCAUAACGGCAACUAUACGUGCAUCGCCCGCAAUGAAGCUGCUGUUGUGGAGCACCAGAGUCAGCUCAUCGUGAGAGUUCCUCCACAGUUUGUGGUUCAGCCUGAGAACCAAGAUGGGAUCUAUGGGAAGACUGUGACUCUGAACUGCUCUGCUGAAGGCUAUCCACCUCCCACCAUUGUUUGGGAACACUCUAAAGGUACAUUAAGUUUAAAUAAUUUGAAUGGAUACCACGUGGUUUACUCAUUGCUGAAGAGAGACAGAAACAAGAGGGAGGCAGAUGAGUUCAGCCCCUUGAGAAGGACAGAUGAAGAGGAGGCCCAGAUGUUUGGUUUUCAUCCAUAUAACCUGGAAUGA